GAUUGUGAAGUUGUCCUUCGAAGCGGGACUAAAAGUACUCGUGGUCACCAGCGACAUGGGUGCACCAAACAGAGCAAUGUGGCGCGAACUUGGCCUUUCAAGUACCAGGGACUCUGACACAGUGUGCAGCAUAUCACACCCAUGCCUUGAGGGGCGCCGUCUGUAUUUCAUGGCCGAUGUCGCCCAUCUGCUCAAGAACAUUCGAGCCCAACUGAUUCGCUCGGACAUCUUCUUCCUGAGCAAGCGGAUUGUUGAAGAAAACGGACUCCCCACAAACAUCAUCAAGCUCGAGUAUAUCGACGCAACACUGAAGCUAGAUAAAGAAAAUGAACUAAAGGUGGCUCCUCACAUGUCAGACAUUCACCUCAGUGACGGUCACUUUACAAAAAUGAAGGUGAACAUCGCCGUCCAGUUUUUUCGCGAAGCUCCAGUGGCCAUCCGCUACAGAGUGAGCCAGGGCCAGUUGCCAGCUCAGGCAGAAACCACUGCUUGGUUUUGUGAGCUUGUCUCUGAAUGGUUCACUUUGAUGUCGGCGAGGCAUCCAGUUGUGGCGUUGAGUAAUUUCGAUGCCACAAAACACCAAGCCGCCAUCGAAAAGCUAAACAUCACAGCCUGCACCUUCCGAGAGAUGACCAUGGGCUCGACAUCACACUGGAAGCCUUCACAAGCAGGACUUAUAACAUCAACCACAGUUGUCUACCAACUUCAACAUGAACUCCUGAAUGAGCAUGGGUAUGGCUAUCUACUGACUGGACGAAUGACGCAGGACUGUCUCGAAAACCUAUUCUCGGUUGUCCGUCUUCGAAAACCAGUGCCUGGAGCCUGUGAGUUCAAGUGUGCUCUCCGCAUGAUCUGCGUUAGCCAGUUUGUCCAGACUCCCAGGACAUCUGGCUAUGCUGUUGAUGAUGGGGAACAGCUUGCCGACUUGUUUUCAGAGGGUGCGAGGGUUCCUUCAGAAGAGCCUGAAGCUCCAGAGGAGAUCAUGGAUUGGGUGCUGUCAAUGCUAUCCAAAGAGGAGAAAGACAUUCUAGCGUAUGUAGGUGGAUUCCUCCUGCGUGCAGUGCUUAAGUCUGUGAACUGCAACACCUGCAAAGAAGCCCUGACAUCAAACUCGAACAGUAAACACAGCACCCUGAUCAAAAUGAAGGAAUUUGUAAAGCACAGUGAGAACUUAAUCUACCCCAGUGAUAAAGCCAUGGAGUUUUUGAUCGAAUGUGAAGAACAAUUCAAGGGCCUUACAUUCACAACCGACAUUUUGAGUCUGUGUUCUCCAUUUAAAAGUAUCGCGUCUGUGCUUACAAGAAACAGCUCGGUGAACACUGGAGUAUGCUCACAGCACAGAGACAGUGUGGAGAAACUGCUUCUGGAGAAGUAUCUGCAUUUCCGGCUGAAGAUUCAUCUCAAACAGGCCCGUCUAGAAAAACGUGCAAGUGGCCAUUCAAGCAAGACAUGUGCUGGUGUAAACCUAUCAUAGGGUUUGUGUGCUGAGCAGUGUGCUAGCGUAGCGAUUGUAGAGGCAUGCAGCUCAUCUAUUCAAUGCUUUUCAAAUCUAUCUUUGCGUAUAGUUUUUUUCUGUCGUGUGUUUCAAAGUCCCGCUUGCCUCCAAAUAUGUAGAGACAAAAUAAAU